GCUUUGUCAACGAACAUGGCGCUUGAGGCAGCCAAGCGAAAUUUGUGUUGCUACGACGUCGAGCCGUUGCGGUGCUGCGAAGGCGAGGAUCCAAUCUCGGACGCUGUCGAGGAAAAAGGCGACAUGUCGGAGAGAACAUUAAUAAUCGACACCGAUGUGGGUGUGGACGACGCUCUGGCCAUCCUCUUGGCACUCGCCAAUCCUGCCAAGUGCAAGGUCCUGGCGAUCACUUGCGUGGCCGGCAACGUGGAACUCUCCAGGGUUUACACAAACGUCCUUCGGAUCCUCAACCACUGCAAGAAACUACAGAUACCGGUGUACCAAGGCUGCAACCGGCCGCUGGUUCAGAAGACCAUGCACUGUACUGUGUUCCACGGACAAGACGGCCUCGGUGGUGCCUCAGAAAAGUGGCCCCUCCCCACCGAUGACAUGGAGCCCCCCAAGGAGCAUGCCUCGGUUGCCAUGGUCGACAUGGUGCAAAAGCACCCUGGUGCCUUGACACUCGUGGCCAUAGGUCCCCUCACCAACGUGGCUCUUGCACAGCGGCUCGACCCCACGUUCCUCAGCAAUCUUAAGGAGCUGGUCAUAAUGGGUGGGACGUUCGAAGGUAGAGGAAAUGAGACGGCCACCGGAGAGUUCAACUUCACCUGUGACCCCGAGGCUGCUAGCGUUGUUCUCAGUGAGGCCGAAUGCAAUACGAGGAUCGUGACCUACGAACCUUGCAAGGACCACAUAUUGGACUGGGACUGGUUCGAAAACUGGGUGGGCGGACCAUCGUUGACGGCACAGCUGGUGCGUGCCAUAACCGAGCACCCGGCUCAGCGGCAACGGGAGGUGCUUCAGCGGGAAGGGUUCAUGUCGUGCGACCUCAUCGCUAUGGCGUCGGUGCUCGAACCUUCACUCGUGACCCGAUGCGAACGUCACCCCGCUUGGGUGGAGCUUCACGGCACCACAACACGUGGAAUGCUUGUUGUCGACCGAAGGCCCAGCAUUAAGUGGCACCACGGAAAGCCUCCUCACGUGGAAUUCUUGCUCCGCUUCAACAUAGACGGCCUCAAGAAGUUGUACGCUCAAAUGCUGAACUGAAAGAAACACUGUCGCACUGCCACUGUACAACAAGGUCCACCGAAAUGAACUUGCAAGAUUACAAACAGCCAACUCAACGUGUGCUCUGAACGGAUCACUCCGCAAGUGUUUCAGCCGCCGUCACUUGCCACAACAUGCUGCAAUUUGUGUUGUUGCCUCUUCAUACAGAAAAUUGCCAUUGUUAGCGCUAACGCCAUUGUACUUUCGCUUUUAAGAAUGUCACAAUCUCUUUAUUUCUCUUCU